UCGUGGCAUCAUCGUGUCGACCAAAAUAAAAGAUGGCUGACGUGAAAUUAAUCAGCUGCGAACAGCAGCACGACAAGAAGUAUUGAAGUAUCGUUGCUCCGAUAAACUUGGAUUGGUCAAACAGCAAGGCCACGAUUGAGUUUAGUCAUUGUAAAAGUGGUCAAGAGACGUUUGAUAUUAUUUUGUUGGAUUGUUAUAAAAAUCGUAGACGGUAUUCUUCCGAGAUAUAUUACGGUGAAGUUUUUGAAGCGCGAACAAGUCCUCGAAGAAAAACCGCAACGAGAGAUUUUCGCUUGAAAAAGAAAAAAACAAAGUAGCGCGUGGCGACGGCGGCGGUGGCAGUGGCUUUAUAUUAUUUUUAUUACGAACGUUGAUUAUUGUCAACGAGACGGAAAGUUAAGGAAAAAAAAUUGGUACAUUUGGUUUUUUGCGAGUAUAAAAUAAAAUAAAUAAGUGAGGAAAUAAGAUUAACAGCGAUGGAAAGGACGAUGGAAUAUGUGCUUAUAAAGGACAUAAGACCCGGACAGAAAAACAUAAACGUCGUGUUUAUCGUUCUCGAGGUUGGUCAUCCAACUCUGACGAAAGAAAACCGCGAAGUUCGAACUUUCAAAGUAGCCGACACAACCGCCUGUAUGAAUGUUUCGAUUUGGGACGAGCCCGGACAAUUAUUGGUGCCCGGCGAUAUCGUUAGAUUGACCAAAGGUUAUGCCUCGGUUUGGCGACAAUGUCUUACACUUUAUUCCGGCAAAACCGGUGACAUACAAAAAAUUGGUGAAUUUUGUAUGGUUAUAAAUGAACAAUUGAAUAUGAGCGAACCGAAUCCGGCGCUUGUUCAACAGCUCGUUAAUCAGGGAGGCUCUGGACCACCGGGAUCGAACGUAAACAACGCCAUCACCAAUAACGGAAACGCGAAUAACGUGACCGGAUCGACAGGAAGACAGCCUCCGGCAAUCCAGAGUAAUUCGACGACGACGUCACUAACAGCGGCAGAGUUAUCGGUGACUCCGCCAAUAACGGCAAUGGGAACAGCGAGUGGUUGGACCGGCGGCGGCGGCGGCGGCGGUGGCGGCGGUGGCGGCGGCGGCGGCGGUUCAACGAGAUUCAAUCCAGAGCAAAAUGCAAAAGCCCCGGCGACGGGAAAAAGCGGAGCUCGAGGACGAGGGAGUUAUAGAAACGGAGGUCGGAGCGAAAGAAGAUAACACACGGAGACGACCUGAACGACGAGCCAACGAAUUCCAUUGUCGAGCGAAAACAUUGAGAGAGAGAGAGGGAAAAAAAUGAUAUAAAUGUAAUAUAAUUUUUUAAAUAUUCACGCAUAUCCUACACGCAUAUUAUAGUGUAUAAAAAUGUAUACGUACAUAAAUAAUUGAUCAACGGGUAUGAAUAA